AUGGAAGUUGACGACAAUAGACUAGAUCUAAAUGGAGUUUCUUUCAAGUAUCUAGAUGAGGAGGAUAAUAGAGGAUUGGAAGAUAAGUUUUUGAUGGAGGAAAUUAGAGAAGCUAUUUGGAGUUGUGAUCUAGAGAAGACGCCAGGUCUAGAUCGGUAUUCUAUGGAAUUUUUCAAGUGUGGCUGGAACUUUUUGAAGAAGGAUAUAAUGGAGUUUAUCGAGGAAUUUCAUACAAAGGAUACAUUUCUAAAAGCAAUCAUAGUGACCUUCAUUGCUCUAAUUCCUAAAAUUAAAGAAAGUUGUGGGAAAAGUAGUUUUGAAAUGCCAAACUGCAUUUAUUCUGGGGAGAGUGAUGUUAGAUGGGUGGUGGUGGAAGUGAAUGAGAUCGUAGACUUUGCAAGAAGAAGUAAGAAGGAGUGUUUUCUAUUCAAGGUGGAUUUUACGAAAGCCUACAAUUAUGUAUUGUGGGAUUUCUUGAGAUUUAUGUUGAGAAGAAUGGGCUUUGGAAGUAAAUGGAGAUUAUGGACGGAGGCGUGCAUAUUCAGUACUUCUUACUUGGUUCUCGUGAAUGGAAAUCCAACCAAGGAAUUUAGGGGUGAAAGGGGGUUGAAACAAGACAAGGGGAUCCCUUUAUCUCGUUAUAAUUGUGAUAGAAGGCUUAUUCAAGAUGAUGAAAAAGGCUUGUUGAAAUGGAGGUUUUAA